AUGGUGAGCAUUAAUUCCGCCGCUGAAGCAGCUGUCGCAGCGUACAGUGCCGCCAUCGCCCUCGGAGGCAAUUACUCGGUUCCUCUUCAAGAAGCCGCCUCUGAAGUUUCUUCAUUUUUCCUUCCAAAUUACAGUUCCUUUACGAUGGGAAAAAUCACCCUAUCAUCAAAUCAGUCUGUUGUGGCAGAAAAUUUCAUAAAGGAGUAUGAUGAGUUCAGAGCAAGCGGCGGCCCAGGAACAGAUGUCCACGUCACACACUCGAGAGUUGAAGCGGUGUCGGACGAGAGCGCGCUAUGCUGGUUAACAUACCAUAUUUGUCCAAUAAACGGUAUGCAAGGUUGGGAUUGGACAAAUGUCUAUGGGUUUCGGAUAGUGAAAGGAGGAAUUGCGAACGGGCUGGAGGGAGGAUGGGAGUUCGCUAUUGGCGACAAUGAAGACUCGCAGUAUACCAAAAGGUUCCCCAACGCGAGCUGA